CCUCCUCUUCUCUUUCCCAACAGUCUGUCCUCAACAGCUCUCUCUCUAAACCCAUUUCGUAAGAAACAUCAAAUGCUGUUUUUAUUGGUUUGAUAUUUCUUAGCUGAGAUUUUGAAACGUUCUUCAAUGGCGGAUAGCUUUUACUGUACAGAGAGUGUCAAUACUUGCUUUGAUGAGCUUGAAUGUAAUGCCACAAACAAUGAGUUUGAGCGAAUCGAGUGUUUUGGAUCCGGGAAUUCGAUGGUCUCUGCGAUACAGAGUGAACAGAGGAUAAGAGAAAUGGUUGAGCAAGAGAUUCAGCAUUUGCCUAGACAUGAUUAUCUUAAGAGAUUGCGUUGUGGGGCAUUGGAUUCCAAGUUUAGGAGAGACGCUAUUGAUUGGAUUUCGAAGGCUCAUGCCCAUUACAGCUUUGGAGCUUUGAGUCUAUGUCUAUCUAUGAACUACUUGGAUCGUUUCCUCUCAGAAUAUCACAUGCCUAUGGAUAAAAGCUGGAGUGUGCAGCUGCUGUCAGUAGCUUGUAUGUCUCUGGCAGCCAAGAUGGAGGAGACACAAGUUCCUCUUCCCAUAGAUUUACAGGUUGAGGAACCCAAGUUCGUGUUCGAAUCAAAAACCAUUCUAAGAAUGGAGCUUCUGGUUCUAAGCAGGUUGAAAUGGAAGAUGCGAGCCAUUACUCCAUUUUCUUUCAUUGAUUAUUUCCUUACUAACAUCACUGUUGAGCCGCACGAACCGAGGCUAUCCUUAUUCAAAUCUUCACAGCUCAUUCUGAGCACAAUUAAAGGCAUUGACUUCUUGGAAUUCAAACCCUCUGAAAUUGCUUUGGCUGUGGCUAUGUCUGUUUCUGGAGUAGUUCAAGCAGCAGACAUCAAUAAAGCAAUCCUUGCUUUUCCAUACAUGGAGAAAGAGAGAGUAAUGAAGUGUAUUGAGCUGAUAAGAGAUUUUUCAUUGAUUAGUAAUGUAUAUGGGGUUGGUGGUUCAGUUCCUCAGAGCCCUGUUGGAGUGUUGGAUGCAGCUUGUUUGAGUUACAAAACAGAGGAAUUAACAGCAGGGUCGUGCGGCAAUUCUUCUUCUAGAGACAGUCCAGACAGCAAGAGAAGGAGACUAGACAGACCAUGAAAGAACACACAAAACAGAGUGAAAAAAACAGAGGAUGGAUAGGGAAUUACAUCAGAGUGUCAUUUUGUUUAGAGUUUUACUGAGAAUCAAAAGUAAAAAAAAGAUUUCAAAUUUCCACAAUGUAAGUUUCAGAUAGCUUAGAGAGAGAAAGAGAAAGGGGAAAAAACAGAGCAGAAAGCAGAGAACUGUUGAACUCCAAGCCUAAAUUCACUUUUGUCCGCAGAAUUUACUGUAAAAGAAGGAAUCAGUUUUCCAAGAAGCAGAGGAAGAAUAUGAAAGAGAGAAGAACUGCUGUGGUUUGUGCGCUUUUUAUUCUUAGGGGUUAAAAUAAUUGAGUUAUUGUAUGGCAGAGAAGAACAGAGCAAAGAACAGAGCAGAACAGAACAGAACAGAACAGAGGUGUUUUUUGGGGAUUGAGAAAGAGGACCCACUUGGUCAAACGCUUCUCGGUUUGACUGUAUGACCAGUCAACAUCUGGGAUGGAUCGCUCUGUAAGAACAAACUCUGUAUGUAUAUAAUGAUGAUUCAAAAACAAACGGAAAAAAAUGU